CUCAUUUUUUUCAUCAAUCACUCAACAAUUUUUCUUUGCAUUACAAAAUUCUUGCAAAACAAAAUGGUUUCAAUCAAAAUUGCACUCUCUCUUUUGUGUCUCAUGGGGUUAGCCCUCGUCUUCCCCUCCCAUGCACAAAACUCCCAAUAGGACUACGUCAAUGCCCACAAUUCAGCUCGUGCAUCUGUUGGUGUUGGGCCUGUGACUUGGGACAACACAGUAGCUGCCUUUGCACAAAACUAUGCUAAUCAACGUAUCGGUGAUUGUGCUCUCGUCCACUCUGGUGGUGGUGGGAAAUACGGUGAGAACCUUGCAUGGAGCAGCGCUGACCUUUCGGGAACGAAUGCUGUGAAAAUGUGGGUCGAUGAGAAGGCCGAUUAUGACUACAACUCUAAUACUUGUGCUGCAGGCAAGGUUUGCGGCCACUACACUCAGGUAGUUUGGCGCGACUCGGUUCGCAUUGGGUGCGCCAAGGUGAGGUGCAACAAUGGCGGAACUUUCAUCGGUUGCAACUAUGCUCCCCCAGGCAAUUACAAUGGGCAGAAACCUUACUAAUUAAUUAGUGCUAUCUCAUUUGUCACCGAAUAAGAGAUGAUUGAACAUUUUCAAUAAAUAAAGCCUAUUGUACUAGCAAAUGAAUGUUUAAUUCAUGAAUGAACUAUUAUACAUCUUUUGUUAAAUUAA